AUGUCAUUUUCAUUCGGAUUCACGAAUCAAGAUUUAGAUAAUGAUGAAAUAGACAUUUCAAAUGAAUCAAAUAUAACAAACCCAAAAGAAAUACCCAAUGCAUUAUCAUCUUUCAAAGUUUCACAACAGAAUUUACCAGUUCAACAUUCAUUAUCAUCAAUUUUAUCAACUUUAAAAAAUGUUAGAAUUUCCUUUGAUAAUUAUACUACACCAGGAGGCAAUAUCAUAUAUCGAAGAGAAUUAUUCGAUGUCAAACAUCAGAUUAUGUCAGAAGAUGAAAAUAACAAUAUCCUAAUUAAUGAUUUAUUAAUACAUGAAAAUCAUUCAGAUUUGAAAUCAAAUAUUUAUGAAGGUGGUUUUAAAAGUUGGGAAUGUGCUUAUGAUACAGUAGAUGAAUUAUCUAAAUUAGGUCAAGAUCUAUUUUCUAAGAAUAUUCUUGAAAUGGGUUGUGGUACAUCCUUACCUUCCAGUUAUAUAAUUUUGAAAAAACUUGAAAAUAAAAAUAAACAACCUUUGAAGUUAAUAUUGAGUGAUUUUAAUUUUGAUGUGUUAAGAUUAGUCACAAUUCCCAAUUUGGUUAUACAUUGGGCAUCUACAAUUGAACCAAAAUUAUUAUAUGAGUUAACUACUACUGAAAAUGAUAAUAGAUUUAAUAAUGAUGAGUUAUUAAUAACUGAGGACCUAAUAAAUAGGUUUGAAAAAGAUUUAGACGAAUAUAGUAUCGAUGUGAAAUUUAUAUCUGGAUCUUGGGGUAAUGAAUUUAAUCAAAUGAUUGAAAAAGAUGAUAUAAAUUUUAUAAUUAGUUCAGAGACUAUAUAUUCACCUGAAAUGUUACCUAUUAUAGCUGAAUCAAUUAACGAAAUAUUAGAAAAAAGUAAUUAUGGUUAUGCAUUAAUAGCUGCAAAGAAUAUAUAUUUUGGUGUCGGGGGAUCAAUAAUUGAAUUUUUAAAUUAUAUGAAUUCAAUACAGAAUGCUAAAUUUGAAAUUCAAGUUAAAGAAAUAAAUGAUAGUCAAUUAAAAAGAUCAAUCAUAAAUAUUAAAUAUGGUUAG